AUGACCUCGCCCGCCGGCAACGCCGCCCGCUCCCAGGCCGCCUCUCCCGCGCCCUCUCACAGCACCGCCGCCACAUUUGGCAACGCAGGCGGCUCAAACGCCCCACCCUCCCAGUCCGGCCCAGGCCUCCAACCCCCUCACUACCCGGGCAUGCCAAUCCAGCGCACCGCAAGCCAGAACACCGCCUACUCUGGCAGGAGCAGAAACUCGGGCCCCGGCGCCAGGCCCAAUGGCGCCUCCGGCUCCUCUGAGCCUCCGUACAUCAUCGAUGGUCCCAGCGGGAGGAUCGCGUGUGUCGCCGACGUCCGAGGCAACAUCUCGAUGUUCAACCAGAUCGCCGACGAGACCAACGCCCAGGCCAUCAUCCACACCGGCGACUUUGGCUUCUACGAGCGUUCCAGCUUCGAGCGCAUCAGCGACCGCACCCUCCGCCACCUCGUCCAGUACUCGACCCUCGUCUCUCCGGCGCUGCGCAACAAGCUGCUCGGCUCGGAUCCGCCGCGCGGUCCCGCUUCGGCGGAAAAGGCCAACGCCUCCACCGGCCUGAGGCAGCAGGUGCUCAACCACGCCGAGCCCCUCCUCUCCGAGUUUCCCCACCUGCUCAACGGCACCAUCAAGCUCAAGGUGCCCGUCUUCACCGUGUGGGGCGCCUGCGAGGACGUCGCCAUCCUCGAGCGCUUCCGCACCGGCGAGUAUCAGGUGCCCAACCUCCACGUGCUCGACGAGGCCACCACCCGCGCCAUCGAGGUCGGCGGCGUCCGCCUGCGCCUGUUUGGCCUCGGAGGCGCCGUCGUCCUGCACAAGCUCUUUGACAACGGCGAGGGCGCCGCCACCAUCGCCGGCGGCCAGGGCACCAUGUGGACCACGGCGCUCCAGAUCGGCGAGCUGGUCGACACCGCCCAGAAGACCUUUGACCCCACAGAGACGCGCGUCCUCAUCACCCACGCCUCGCCCGGCCGCGAGGGCCUGCUGGCCCAGCUGGCCCUCGCGCUCAAGGCCGACCUCACCGUCAGCGCCGGACUCCACUUCCGCUACGGCGUGUCGUACAACGAGUUCAGCGUCCAGCACGACGCGGAAAACUUCAGAAACAAGCUGCACCACGCAAAGCAGGCGUUUGGCGAGAUCUGGGACACGGUCAAGACGCAGGUCGACGCCGUCAUUGACAGCAACCAGCGCGUGCUGCUCGACAACGCGCUCGCCGUGGCCAACCGCGUGCCGCCGACGGCGACGGCGACGGGCGCGGCGAGCGAGGAACCGGCGUGGAAGAACACGUGGAACUGGAACCUGCCGGACGCCGCCUACGGCAACCUCGUGCUCAGCAUCCGCGACGGCCGCGUCAGCGCCGAGACCAAGAGCCAGGGCUUCAACUUUGCCUACCGCCGCAACAACCAGUCGAUGAGCGCCGCCACCCCGACGGCGCCCACGGCGGCCAACAGCAACGGCCCUGCCGCUGUUUCUGGCAAGAAUGCGUCCUCGGCGGCCAGCCCCAAGGCGCCCGGGCCGGCGCAGGGGUCCGCGGCCGCCAACGGAGGCGGCGCAUCGACGCCCGGUACGCCGUCUGCCGCCAAGAACGGCGGCGGUGGCGCCACGACGCCGUCCACCGCCUCGGCCAAGGGCGGCGCCAAGGACAAGAAGACGCCGCGCGAAAAGGGCCACGAGUCGGCCGCGUCCCGCAGCGAUGCCGAGGGUUACCUCACCUCUGGCACCGAGGGAGGUUCCGGCCGCAAGGGCGGCGCGCCGCGCAACCCCAACACGAUCUACAUCAGCCAGUUCAAGGACGCGCUGCCGAUCAGCGAGGCCGACAUCCGCGAGUACUUUGGCCCCGCCGCCGCCGGCAUCACGUCGAUCAAGCUCAUCUUUGACAAGGAGCGCUUCUCGCACCGCCGCGGCGUCAGCAGCGGCAAGGAGGACGCCGCCGCCCCGGCCGGCGACAACGUGCGCAGGCAGAGGCCGUUUGCCUAUGUCGAGUUCAAGGACGAGGAGGCCAUGAAGGCGGCGUUCAAGCGGCAGGGGCAGACGAUCAAGGGCACCGACAUCAAGCCGGCGCUCGAGCAGGCCGACAGCGCCAAAAUUGUGGGCGGCACGGCCACGCCGGCCAAGUCGGAGCGGGGCGACAAGCCGGAAAAGGCAGACAAGAAGGAGCGGAAGCAGAGCAAGUCCGGCAACAACAAGGAGGCCGCCGCCGCCGUCGCUGCCGCUGCUGCCGCUGAGGGCAAGCCGUCCGACGGCAAGCAAGAAGGCGGCGACUCGGCGGGUGCGGCCAAGUCGGACACCGAGGGAAGCGGAGCGGCCAAGGAGGCUCAGUCGCCGGCACCGGGUGGCAAGCCCAAGAAGGCGCGAGGCGGAAAGGGCCACAACAAGAAGGGGUCCGGCAAGGUGGACAAGGAGGGCAACGGCAAUGGCAGCGGCAACGGCGCCGCUGCGGGCCAAGGAGAGGCCAACGGCAAGCCGUCGACGGAUAGCGGCGAGGCCAAGGCCAAGGCGUCCACGCCCGCUGCUGCCCCUGCUGCUGCUGCUGCUGCUCCCGCCCCCGCCUCUGCUCCUGCUCCCGCUGCUGCCGAGUGA